UGAAGAGGAAAGCCGCGGGAGGCUUCAGCACCCCGCCACCGAGAGGGGGGGACGAGUCCCGGGGAGUCGCGGCGCGGUUAGAAUUCGGGCCCAGUUGAGUAAAAAGUUGUACAAUGGUUAUAAAUGGGUCUCACCUGAACAGCUCCUCGACAGACCCCAGCGACGCCGUCCUGAACCGCCCGCCGUGGGUGACCACAACUUUGGGCUGCUUCCUCAUCUUCACCAUCGUGGUCGACAUCCUGGGCAACCUCCUGGUCAUCUUCUCCGUGUACCGCAACAAGAAGCUCCGGAACGCAGGGAACAUCUUCGUGGUGAGCCUGGCCGUGGCCGAUCUCGUGGUGGCCAUCUACCCGUACCCGCUGGUCCUCGCCUCCAUCUUCCACAAUGGCUGGAACCUGGGUUACGUCCACUGCCAGAUCAGCGGCUUCCUCAUGGGCGUCAGCGUCAUCGGCUCAAUCUUCAACAUCACCGGCAUCGCCAUCAACCGCUACUGCUACAUCUGCCACAGCCUCAAGUACGACAAACUGUACAGUGACAAAAACUCCCUGUGCUAUGUGCUGCUGAUCUGGGCGCUGACCGUGGUGGCCAUCGUGCCCAACCUGUUCGUGGGCUCCCUCCAGUACGACCCGCGGGUUUACUCCUGCACCUUCGAGCAGUCCGCCAGCUCGGCGUACACCAUCGCCGUGGUGUUCUUCCACUUCAUUCUCCCCAUCAUGAUUGUCACGUACUGCUACCUGCGCAUUUGGAUACUGGUCAUACAGGUGCGGCGGCGGGUCAAGCCCGACAACCGGCCCAAGCUGACGCCGCACGACGUGAGGAACUUUGUCACCAUGUUCGUGGCGUUCGUGCUGUUCGCCGUGUGCUGGGCGCCGCUCAACUUCAUCGGCCUGGCCGUGGCGAUCAAGCCGGAGGUGGUGGUGCCCCUCAUCCCCGAGUGGUUAUUCGUGGCCAGCUACUUCAUGGCCUACUUCAACAGCUGCCUUAACGCCAUCGUGUACGGCGUGCUGAACCAGAACUUCCGGCGCGAGUACAAGCGCAUCGUGGUGUCGGUGUGCACGGCGCGCGUCUUCUUCCAGGAGAGCUCCAACGACGCCGCCGGGGAGCGGCUGAAGAGCAAGCCGUCGCCGCUCAUGACCAACAACAACCAGGUCAAGGUGGACUCCGUCUGACCCAGAACGACCGAGGGGGGGGGGAGGAAAAAAGUAAGCGGACGCGAGAAGAUGGCGUGGAAAAAAAGGAAACAAAAGAGAAAAAUACCAAAUAUGAAUAUAAAAGCAGCUUCUAUCCUGAGCUGAGUCAUAUGGUGCUAUGUGACCUCCGAACAAUCAGCGGAAACACGGGGUGCAUAUUAUCUUCUGUCUUUUAUCGAGCACUCCUGUUGGACUCUGCAGUACGUGUAGUCCAGUAAAUAUAUGAUGUCCGUUUUGUUUUCAUGUUUACAGUGAUGAUAUAAAUGUAUCAUGCAUUAUUAUAAGUAUUUAUUUCGUAUGAAAUGUCAUGUAGAUAUAUAAGAUAUAUCGGGAUCCAAUUGAAUGAAAAUAACAUUUUAUCGGGUGUAUAAAAUAAAAAAAUAAAAAAUACCUACAAAGGUUGGGUUGAAAAUAUCACCAGAAGUUUAGAAAAUGUAAUCAAUUUCGACCUCAUUUGUGAGACUAACACUAAUUGAGUGCAAGCAAUGUGGGUUGCUGCUGUCUUAUUAUACCCCGCAGUACAUUAAGUGGAAUAUAUAUUUGAGUGUCUCUCUCUCUAUCUCUCUCUCUGCCACCUUGUGAGCUCAUUAUACUGUAUGCAUGGAUAUGCAGGAAUCGUUCUAAUGAAAAAUAAAUCUGAUAUUGAUGGAC